ACUUAUGUUUCUAGAUUUGUGCAACAGCCCAGUACCGCGAACGAAUAAAUAAAGCGAGCAGAAACAAUGGCGGCUUGGACGGAGUCAACCUUCCUUCUUCUUCUUCUUCUCCGUAUUCUAGGAAUCGCCAAGCAGUGAACAAUGGGCACCCCUGCCGCCCUCCUCCUAGCCGUGCCACUCGCCGCGCUCGCGUACGUGCUUCGCGUGCUCCGCAUCCUCGUGUGGGUCCCGCGCCGCCUGGAGCGCCACCUGCGCCGGCCGGGCAUCCGGGGGCCUCCACGCAGCCUCAUCUCCGGAAACGGGGCCGACUACGGCGCCCUUCUCGCCGCCGCCCAGUCCAAGCCGCUUGCCUCCUUCCACCACGCCAUCGUCGGCCGCGCCGCGCCGCAGUACCGCGAGUGGGCGGCGCGGUACGGCCGCCCGUUCGUGUUCUGGCUCGGGCCCCGGCCGCAGCUGGUGGUCUCCGGCCCGGAAGUCGCUAAGGCCGUGCUGACCGACUCCACGGGGGCCUUUGAGAAGGGCUCCACCGGCAGCGGCAACAACCCGCAGUCUCGGCAGCUCAUCGGCGAGGGGCUGGUGGGGCUCACCGGGGAGAAGUGGGCGCACCACCGCCGUGUGAUCUCGCCCGCCUUCAACAUGGAGAGGGUCAAGGGCUGGAUACCAGAAAUGUCAGCAAUGGCCUCAUCCAUGCUGGAUAAAUGGGAAGUCCAAGGAGGAACCCGCACUGAGUUUGAGAUUGAUGCAAGUAAAGAAUUCCAAACUUUGAGUUCUGAUGUCAUCUCAUGUGUGGCAUUUGGAAGUAGCUACGAGGAAGGAAAGCGAGUUUUUCAAUUGCAAGAAGAACAAAUAAAACUUGCCCUCCUUGCAAUGAGAACCUUCUACUUUCCUGGCUUCAGGUUUGUACCGACAAAGAAGAACGGAAGAAGGAAUAGCCUAAAGCAGGAAAUCCGAAAUUCUCUGAGGAAAUUGAUUGAGACCAAUGGAAGGAAGUGUGAGGACUCUAAAAAUUUGCUUGGCUUGAUGCUAUCAGCCAGCAAAACGGACAACGGAUUUAAAAUGGGAAUCGAGGAGAUCAUUGAUGAGUGUAAGACAUUUUACUUUGCCGGUAAAGAAACAACCGCAAAUCUGUUAACAUGGGCAACACUUCUACUGGCAUUGGAUAAAGAAUGGCAAGACAAAGCACGCGAUGAAGUCUAUCAAGUAUGUGGCAAGCACAAGCACCCAAACGCGGAAAACCUGAGCAACCUCAAAAUUAGGCCGGGGCAACGCCUCCUUUUCGAAAAAAAAAGGACGGCCACCAAGGAUGUGAAGCUGGGCAAACUUGACAUCCCUGCCGGCAUGCAGGUCAAUCUGCCCCUUGUUGACAUUCACCAUGAUGUCGACAUCUGGGGCGCUAGUGCGGAGGAGUUCGAUCCAUCAAGGUUUGCAGAUGGCAAGAGCUAUCACCUAGGCGCGUACUUCCCCUUUGGGAUUGGCCCUGCCAUCUGUGUUGGCCAAAAUCUCACGAUGGUUGAGGCAAAGCUGGUGAUUGCAAUGGUCCUCCAGCGAUUUGUGCUUGAUGUCUCGCCAUCCUAUGUUCAUGCGCCGAUGAUGGUGAUGACCCUCCAACCCAAGUACGGUGCUCAAGUUCUUGUCCGCAAGAUCUAAACCUACCAUGGCGUUGGCUAUGGACAACAGUGUAUAUGUUAUGUCUCUGUAUCUCCUGUAACCGUGUGGAUUGGGAGCAACUUGGAAGAGGAGGCUCUCAAUUUGUCUGAAUUCUGCCUUGGAAGCGUGCGUUUCAUAUUCC